AUGAAUCCAUUUUGGCUUAUGAUAAUUAUUGUUUUUAUUUUCAAUCAACAAUUAAUUUCUUCACAAUCUAUCCAAUUAUCAAAUCGAACAUUUGCAAUUGAUUACAAGAAUAAUAUGUUUUUGCUAGAUGGAUCACCAUUUAGGUACAUUGCGGGUAGCAUCCAUUAUUUUCGAAUUCAUCCCGACUACUGGGAUGAUCGUAUGCAACGGGUGCGAGCAGCUGGCCUCAAUGCCAUUCAAACUUAUAUUCCAUGGAAUUUUCAUGAGGUUCGCAAGGCAAAGUACCUAUUUAGCGGGCAACGAAAUAUCACUCAUUUCUUCGAAUUAGCUAUGUCUAACCAAUUUUUUUAUUUGAGAAUCGGCCCAUACAUUUGCGCCGAGUGGGAAAACGGUGGCUUACCAUGGUGGCUUCUUCGUGAUUACCGUGAUAUCAAUCAAAGGUCAUCUGAUCUGAGGUACAAGAAAGAAGUGCAAAAUUGGUUUGGUAAACUAUUACCGAUAAUUCAUCCGUAUUUAUUCAAAAACGGAGGGCCGAUAUUAAUGAUUCAAGCAGAAAAUGAGUAUGGUAGUAAUGCCAAUUGUGACCAUGGAUAUAUGCAAUGGCUAACUGAUUUGAUUCGACAUCAUCUUGGAGCUGAAACAAUUCAAUACACAAGUAAGUCUUAG